GAAUUUUAGGUGAGGAGCUAAGGAAUUUAUAGAAACUCGGAAAACUAAAAUGGUGUGACAUUAGUGUAGUUAAGUGACCCCUUGAACUUUAAACUUCCACAUCACAGUAUGAAGUUGGUUCUAAGAUAAGAAAGAGAAUAAAUUCUCUCCUAAGGACAGACCUGAAUCUUUGAUUGCCUAGAGGCUGAAUUAACUGGAGAAGAGUUGCCUAGAGGCUCAAUCAACUGCAGACCAUGGCGUUUGAUGGUACUUGGAAGGUAGACCGAAAUGAGAACUAUGAAAAGUUUAUGGAAAAAAUGGGUAUUAAUGUGGUGAAAAGGAAGCUUGCAGCUCAUGACAAUUUGAAACUAGUAAUCACACAGGAAGGAAAUAAAUUCACAGUCAAAGAAUCAAGCAAUUUUCGAAGCAUUGAAAUUAUUUUUGAGCUUGGUGUCACUUUUAAUUACAGCCUCGCGGAUGGAACUGAAGUCACUGGUAGUUGGAGCCUAGAGGGAAAUAAACUUGUUGGAAAAUUCAAACGGCUCGACAAUGGAAACGAACUAAAUACUGUCCGAGAAAUUAUCGGUGGUGAAAUGGUCCAGACUUACACAUAUGAAGGAGUAGAAGCCAAGAGGAUCUUCAAAAAGGAGUGAGCAUUGUUCUUGGAGCACAGCCCAGAACACAAAUUAGAUGGAAAAUCUAUAUUGAAUCAGGACCGUUUUUCUCUCCUCAUCAAGUAUAAAGUUGCUGACUGAUUAGUCCUUUUAUAAACAUUGGCCAAUGGCUUUUAUUUCCAGUCUUGGCCAGAACAAAACAAGCAAAAGCUAAUUAGGAUUUAACUUGUUUUACAUUCUCAAAGAUGUACAUUUAUUGGUGUUCAAAAAGAAUUUGUGACAUUUUAAAAAACAGAUGAAUAAAUAUUGUUCCCACA